AUGGCAGCCAUUCGUAAAGUUGUUAUUGCCGAGUUCGGUGAUGUCGACGUUGUCAAAGUAGUUGACGACGUCUGCCCACCUCCACCACCAGGCCACGUCCAAAUAGCAGUUGAAUAUGCAGCCUUUACUGGCGGCGAUGUCAACAUGCGAAAGGGUAUUUACCCUUUUCAGAAGAGCCCACCUUUCACUCCCGGGUAUAGCUUGGUAGGGACCGUCCGCGCCAAUGGUGAAGGUUGCAAAGCAUUUCAGAUUGGCGAUGUUGUAACUAUCCUGUCCAAGUACGACGCCGAAGCACAACUUGUCAACCAACCCGAAAAAUAUUGCGUUAAAGUGCCCGAUGGCGUGGACCACCAGCAAGCAACGGUGCUGCCGUGCGACUGGAAUACGGCGUAUUCGAUGGUUAUGGAUACGGCAAAGGUUUCUGAAGGUCAAAGAGUAUUCAUCCACGGUAUCAGCGGGUCCGUUGGUACGGCGAUCAUGACUCUUUGCAAGUUAAGGGGCGCCGAAGUAUACGGCACGGCUAGUGAGCGCAAUCACGAUGACAUCCGCGCAUACGGCUCCACACCGUUCGUAUACACGGAUAAGAAGUGGAUGGACAAGAUGAAAGAAAUGGGGGGUGCGCACGCCGUCUUCGACCCGCUAGGCUUUGACAGCUUCGACGAAAGCUUCUCCAUAUUAGCACCGGACGGCAUACUUGUAGCCUACGGAAACAACGGGAGAGCUCUUGACGGACAUAAUAAGAGCCCAACGUGCCAUAUCAUCAAAAUGUUUGCGCGCGGUCUUAAUCCGAUGAACAAUAAACGCACCACCUUCUACGGGGUCUUCCGUCAAUCAUCCACGUAUAAACCCCAUGUCACAACCUUGUUGAACAUGGUGAAGGAUGGAACCAUCAAGGUCCCAAUCAAGAAAAUUUGGGAUUUGGAGGAUAUUCAGAGUGCGCAUCGGGAAUGGGGUACCGGGAGCGGGAUCGGGUCUCUGCUCAUUAGGAUUCCUCAAAAGCAAGGCUAA